AUGUCGUUUGCCUUCCUCAUGCUCAAGGAGAGCCGGGAGCUGAGCAAGGACCAUCUCAAUGGCAAGAUCCCAGCUCUGCCACAAAGGAUGGGUGUGAGUUUCGGGAAGCUUUGGCGAAGAAAUUGGAUGGCAUUCAUGAGCCCUCAUAAUACGUUCGGCGAGAAGGAAAUUUCUAAACAAGGCUGCAACCAUGAGGUCUUGUCGGAAGAGUUUCUUGAAAAGAGGUCUAGGAAGAGUAUUCCAAGCAAUUGUAUCCGUAAUUGCGGUAAAUAUCCAAUUCAAUUCGCCAAGAGGACUCCUUCUGUCUUGGAGACGCCCAGGUACUCUGAAAUCGUCAAUGGAUAUAUUGGUGUGCAAAGGAUUCUGCAGAAUAAAAUAUCUCAACGCAAUCUCGAUCGGGGUAGUUAA